UUGACAAUCGAGAGAGAAAGAGACAAUGCCCACUCUCGUUCGACGAACACUCCCGACUCGCGGGUAAACACGACGCGAUAAAGACGCGGGUAAAAAAAAAACCAAAAGAUUUAUAGGUGUGUAAAAAUGUAAAAAAAAAAAAAAAAACAGGAACCUGUCCUCGUUUGAGCGUCGUCCGGGCGAUAGGUGCUGGCACGACACGCGAAUCGCGCGGUUACAUGUGCCGCGGCAGAAGUGACGUUUGCGACCACAACGGAUCCGUACAAAAGUCGUCGCCGACGCUCGAACCGCUCGCACCGUCUUCGCGUACGGGGAGAUACGUCGUUCUUCCCGGAACGACGACGCGUCGCCGUCGAACGUUAAAACGUGCGUAACGAAACACGCGUCAGUAGAGGAGUUUGGAAGCACACGGAUGCGCGAUUGUGACGCGCGCAAGCGUGAACACGACGGUAUGCGCGCGACUACGAGUCAGGAAAUGCCGCCGCUGCCGUUGCAUCGCGAACGUUAAUUGUGGACUGCGUGCACGCAUAAUCGGCGCGGUCAUGAGUGGCGACGCAUGCGGAUUGAGUCCCAGGUGCGUGGAACAGGUAAAGCGGACGAACAGCCAAUAGCGACGGCGCGACAGUUCCAGGGACUUUCUCACCAUUUCACCUCGUCAAUUGGCUGCUGCGCCCUUUGCUCUCGCACGAAUCUCCAGUUUCUCCCCGCGUCACAUAGAGGGCGCUCAAGCGUUUCUCCUUCUUUUCGAAAGACGAGUUUGAAUUCACUGGUCGCUGCAAACUGUAAACAACAUGCUGGACAUUGCUGGAUAGUUACUGACUUAAAUAGCUGUGCUUUGCUACACACAUCGGCAUCAUGACUGUCAGUGCGUCUUUUUAUCGAAAUAUUUUCAUGUUGAAUCAAUUGGUUCCUCCAAGUGAGGACUUUAAAAAAGUGUUUUGCGAAGGAAUGUUUGAUAAACCAAAUAAUGCGGGAUUUAUUCAGGUUUCCUAUUACUUAUUGAUGAUUAUCGAUGCGGAACGUUUUGAAAAAUUAAUUGAGUGGCCGUUAAUGUGCAAACAAAUGGAAACAAAAUAUCGCAAUAACAUAAGGGAUUACUUGAAUGUUAUUGCUGCAGAAAAUCCUGAUGUAGGACUUCCCAAUGUACUGAUCACGUACCUUCAUCACGCAAGCGGCACAAAAUUCACAAUUAUAAUGUGGAAACUCUCUCAACUUGCAGUAAAAAGAUAUCUUAUGCGUCAUGGCGAUUACGAGGUUUUAUCUGCACCGAAAUUAGGUCCAACAACUGUGUUGAGUGAAAUGUAUCUGCAACAAUGCAAAACAAGCAUAGUUCAUAAUAUAAUGAGUUAUCACAGAAAUUGUGUGCAAAUGGAGAAGGCUACAAACUUCACAUUGGAAGAAGAAAGAAAAAAACUGAAUGAGAUCAAAGCAGAAAUAUUUGACAGAAAACAAAUUUUGAUGAAUUGCGCAGCUGCAGCUCCUGUCGCCACUUCCAUAAAGCAACGUUUGGAAAAUAUUGAAGAUUCGGAGGUCAUAGAGUUGUGGAAAAGUAGUUUAGAUAAAAACAUAUGCUUCAUAAAAAAACGGAAUGCAAUAUUGAAGGACGUGGAAAAAAUAUGUAAGAAUAUAAUCGGUAUAACAUCAAAUUUGUCAGACAACGCAAAAAUUUUGGACAUCAAUCAAUUGGGAGAGAUUGAUUAUUCCGUGAUAUCGGAGCUACCAUUUCCACCUGAUGUUCGGCAAUAUCUUUGCCAUCUAUACUCUGACAACAAAUUGGUGUAUCACACGUUUAUAUGCUUAUUCACUUCGGUACUUCAGCAAGUGUAUCAUAAACUAAGGAAAGAGAAUUUGGCGGAUUUAUCGCAAUGUCUUUUGCAAGUAAAAGCCAGUACGGAAGACAUGACGUCUGUGUGCAAUGUGAUGAAAACUCUCUUGACUACAAUAACAAGCGCCUCGGAGGAAACACAAACCGUCAUGUGUAAGACUGGUAUACCUCAUAUACCAGAAGAAAAUGAACUACCUUUUGUAAAACACAUGCUUCUCAUGCCGUCACCUCUAAUCAAAAUCAAUAUCAAUUACGCGGAUGAAACGAAUGAUUUACAUAAAUUGUUGCAAUUUACUCCAGGAGAAGUUGCACAUAAACCAUUGUUUUCAAAGUAUGUGCGAUACAAUCGGAACAAGACGCCAAAUUUGUUCGUGUCUCGUAUUAACAUCGACAAAGCAAUGUUGACACAAACUAAUGAGAAGCACAGAUCGAACAUGCGUUUUGCAUCGCCGAAAGUAAAGCGAGUAGAUAACGAAAUAACAAACAAAUACUCUCGAUUGUUCUCGACGAGUAAAAUUAGAAACAUGAAAGCUAAUUCUAGCAUGAUGUCUCUGCUGCCUCCUGAGCAAGCCGCUUCUUCCACUUUUAUGAAUCCGAUAGAAGAAAUGUCCAGUUUGUUGAACUUCAAUUUGGAUAUUACAGCGAAAAGUUUUUUCAAUUCAAACGAAGGAUCUGCUUGUGACCUCACACAUUGUAGUCCAAUGAAAGAAACUUCUUCACGAAACGUGUCUCACGUACAAGCGGAAGAUUUUGAUUAUGAACUCAAAAUAAAUAAGCCUAAACUCGAUGAAUUUACUGAAAUACAGUACGGAAAUGAUGAGAGCAAGGGAACAGUGAUAAAACACGAAAAUCGUACGAAAAGACGAUCCAUUAGCGAUCUGGUAGAACGUUAUAGAAACUUGCUGAAAAACAGCGAAUCUGUUGAAAAUAAGUGCAUGAGAGAAGAUGAGAAAUUGAAUAAGGAAUAAAGAGAAAGAUAUUGAAAAAUACAUGUAUCGACUGAAUUAAGGUGUAUCAUCAACAAUUUUUUACAUUUAUUUAUUUAUUUAUAAGUUAAUCGUCUAAGGUUAUAAAUCAAAACCAUAGUUAUCGUGAUAAUAUUAUUAUUAGAAACAACAAAAAGUGU